GUUUGAGUCAUUAACAAAGCUAAAAAGGAUGAGAGUUUGUAGGGAGGUGUUAAAAAAAAAACUAACCUCUUUGUUUUCCAAAUUGGACAAGUACAAGUUGAGUAAUUAGCCUCAAGUACAAGUACAAAUAGCCUCAAAUGUCUUACAUAUUAACAGAAAUGCCAUUACCCGCCUCUCUUAACUUCAUUCAACUGCUACUAUUGAAUUCUACCACUAUCAUCACAUCACAAUACCAAUAAAUCUCCCGAAAAUAUUAAUUUUUUUUUCCCAAAACAUAUUUGUUGAUUUGAUCAAUAAUGGAAGGUUUAGUAAAGGGAUUAUUGAAUGUGGGUUUAGGCAAUGAUGAAAAUGAUAGAGAAAAUCAAGAUCGUGAUGAACGGUCAAGAUCCACUUGGGCGCAAGUGGUGACAGGGGAGCAAGAAGAUGAUGGGGUUAACAGUGAUCAUAGAACAACUGGAUAUAAUAGACAGGAUGAGAGAUAUGGAAGAAAUGAGGAAUCAAGGCCUCACAUGAUGCCCCAAAAGGCUUCAUCUCAAGGGUACGAUAGAAAUGAAGACGAGAGGAGAGAUAAUUUCAACCAAAGCUGUUGGAAUCAAAAGGAGAACGAGGGAAACAAUGAUGGCUGGGAGAUGGUCCAGAAAAAGCCUACUAAACGGCACCAACAGGUAAAAAUGGGUUACUGGGACAAUUACAAGAAACCCCUUGAUGAACAAAGUUACUCCAAUGAGGUUGAAUAUGGAGCUGAACUGGAACCCUCCCAAGAAGAACUUUCAGACUUAUCGAAAGCAUGCAACAAACUAUGGGAACUUGAUUUAAACCGCUUAGUUCCAGGAAAGGAUUACCAGAUUGAUUGUGGUGAAGGGAAAAAGGUGUACCAAAAGGAGGAUAUGGCGGAAGGAUGCUUAUUUUCCUGGCUGAGUGAUGAUGUUUCUAACAAGCCUACUUAUUCGCGUUUCUGUUCCCUUUUGGAUAAUUAUAAUCCACAUCAGGGAAGUAAGGAGAAUGUAACACCUGAAGAAAAGCGAGAACAAACAGCAUUCAUUGAAGAGAUCAGUAGAACUGCACCAAUUAAAUAUCUGCAUAAGUAUCUGUCAUUGAAAGGCAUAGUUUCUGGUGCUUAUGAAGAAUUUAAGAGAAUGUUGACACAUCUCUGGUUCGACCUUUAUGGUCGAGGUGGUACAUCCGCUUCCUCUUCAGCUUUUGAACAUGUUUUUGUUGGAGAGAUAAAGGAGCGCGGGGAGAAAGAAGUGUCUGGAUUUCACAACUGGCUUCAGUUCUAUUUAGAGGAAGCUAAGGGAAAUGUUGACUAUCAAGGCUAUAUAUUCCCCCGAAGGCGUGGAGAGAUUCCUGACUCAGAAACUCAACUGCUCACCAUACAGUUUGAAUGGAACGGCGUCCUAAAAUCUGUGUCAAGCAGUUUGAUUGGAGUCAGCCCCGAAUUUGAAGUUGCUAUCUACACUCUGUGUUACUUUGUUGGAGGAGAGGAAAACCACGUCGAGAUUGGUCCAUAUCCUGUUAACAUAAAAUGCUAUCGUUUGGGAGAUAACAUUGGUUCUGCUUUCCCUGUGGCCGAAUGUUGAAUGUCCACACAUCAUUUCUGUGAUUUACAUCACUAUGGCCACUCAACAAAAACAUUGACCAAGGUUAUGGUAUUACUGGAUCAAAUAUGUUGGUGGAAAUGUUUUUCAUUUAUUUCAGAAAAAUAUUGUUGCCCAAAAUUAUCACUGUUGUCAUAUUUCAACUGCUGGUGAAAUGAAAAUGCUGAAUAUUUUCUUUU